AUGAGUUAUUAUAAAAUAAUCUUUGCUAUUUUUUCUUUACUUUUUAAACUAAGCAACUAAUAGCUAUGCCCAACAAGCUAAUGCAGCUUUUUUAACUCAACAUCUUAAACUAAUUAAUGUAGAUCUCCAUCUAGUAGUGAAUGCAUUAGUUCUAAUUAUUGUAUAGAUUACAGUCAAACAAAUUUUGUUGGGAGAGAUUCUGUAUCUUAAACAUGUUUAAAAAACAAAGAAGCUUCAGUAAGUAAUUCAGCUUAGUGCUGGUACACCAUAUUUCAUUAAAUUUGCCUGAAUUCUUCAUAGAAUUAAUGUGUUGACUAUUUAGCUGAAACUGAUCCUACUAGCCCAUAUGUUGGAUUAAUGAAGAGCUCAGAUUAAACAAAAGGUUUAUAUUUAUGCGCAGAGAUAAAUAAAUAUGUUGCAUCAAUAAAUGCUUAAAUUCUCAAACCAUUGUAUUGCAUUGACUCUAAUACAUAGAUUGUAAAUAGUAUUCUUGCUUAGAAUACUUAUGCAGGUAUAGAUCCAUCUAGUUAUUAUUGCUUAUAAGUAAACUAAAAUUCCACAGCUACUCCUUAUUGUAAACCGGGAUAUUGUGUACUAAACAGUACAUGCGCUCAAUUAUCUUUAAGUUUUCCUGCAAAACUAUAAAAUGGUCAAUGCAAUUAGUUAGGAGUGAUAACUUCAAUUGAAUGCUUUAAAGAUAAUCCUUUUACAAAUAAAUCUAUAUGUCUUGAUUAAUACAAUAACAUAUGCUCUAAGAUUACAGACUUCUCAUUUUACAAUAUUGGUAUUUAACCAAAUGGUACUUGCGUUUAAUAACAAAAAGUUUAUGAUCAGAUAUAUUUGUGUUCAGAUCAGAGCUGUCUACUUAAAAAUGGGACAGGUUUUUCUUGUAUCCCUUUUGAUAGUGUUUACAUAGGAAUAGAUUAAUAAGGAAAUUGUCUUUAAAGGGCUGAGCCACAAGCUGUUAGAUGCAAAAAAGGAAAAUAUUGUAUAGAAUAAAUAAAUUAUUCAUGUAUGGAUUUGUCUUCUACUUUGUCUGAUUUAAGAAUUGCAAGAGAAACAUAUACUUCAAACUGUUUACCAUAUAGUGAUUUUGAUGGUCAAAAUAUUGAUAUUUGUGCAGAUGGAUAUUGUUUGUAUACUGAAUAUCCAUAAUAUUCUUAUUCAGAUUACUGUAUCUAAUAUGGCAAUACUUUCUAAUUUUAUUAGCAGCCUUUUAUAGGUGUAGAAAGUAUAACAGAGAGAUGCUUAUUUGCAGAUUAAUUAGUUAAUUCUAUUCUUCUUUGCUAUGGGCCGUAAUACUGCAUUUUAAAUAUUAAUAAUUAGCAAACUUGUAAAUAGCUAUUUUAUCCAUUUGUUUAAGAUGCUAAUUCAAUUAGUUGUGCUGAACCUUUGUUAUGUCUCAUUAGUGGAUAGUGUGUAUCUUUAAAUGACCCAAAUAACAAUUUUAUAGGAAGAGAUUAAAACACUUAAAUAUGUAUUGGGGCUAAUACAUAUUAUGCUCAAUAUUGCAAAAAAGACUAUUGCUUAUUUUAAAAUUAAUGCACAAAUUUGAACUCUCAAUAUAUUGGAAGUGAGUAUUAAACUUCUAAAUGCUUAUUAAAAGGACAAAUUACUAAGAAAAAAAUUUAGCAAUGCUUAGAUGGCUAUUGUAUAUCUUAAACUUUUGGUAAAUACUAAUGUAUUUAACUGGAUAUUGACAUAUCUAAAAAUGCUGUAGGUGUUGAUAUAAAUGGGAAUUGUUUAGGAAUUAACUAAUCUGUUGCAGUUAAAUGCUUUAAAGAUAUGUCUUGCACUAGCAUAACAUAGAUGGGACAAGUUUGUGUUAAUGUAGAUCCUUCAGGCUAAUAUAAAUGCUCUAAUCCAGAUGGAUCUUGUUCAUUAGACCCAAAUAAUUGUGGUAGUUGCAGCUUUUCCUAGUGUUUAAAUCUUACUAAUCUUAUAGCUCAAACAGGAAUUUGUACUCCUAUAGGAAGCUAUUGCUAAGAUUCAUAAGGCGACGAUAGAUGCUUAACUUUUAAGGAAAGAGAUAGCAGCAAUUAGCAAUAAAUAAAUUCAAUUUUUUAACUAAAUCUUAUUUACAUUGUUGAAGACUUAUGUUAAGGGUAGAUUUGCCUUUCGAAUAUGAAGAAUAAAUGUCCAAUUGGAUGCUACUCGUUGUUUAAUGUAUUAAAUGCAAUUAUUUGUAUAAUAAUAUAAUUACUUAUCCAUAUACCUAUCGGAUUCCUUAAGGAACAAUUCAGAUAAGUUAAAAGUGUCUUGAUUGUAAUCUUGAAUAGGGGUUUUGUUCCUAUUUAGUUAUGCACAUAAAGUAAUUGCUAAUCCUGUAUUACUAAAUUCAAUAAUGGUUUGGAUAUUUAAGUAUGUCAAAAAUGUGUAUUAGGCUUUUAUUUGGAUUUGUAAUACUAAUGUCAGAAGUGUAAUUCUACUUGCUUAUAAUGUGAAUUAGGUACACUAGAUAUUUAUGGAAAGAAAAUCUACUAUUAUGAACUCUCUAUUGAUUUAAGAUUAACUUUAGAUUCUACUUAACUAUAUCCUUUAUGUUAGAUUUGCAAAAAUAAUUCUAUCAUAUCUUACGAUUUAAUAUCUUGUGAUUAGUGCGGAACGGGUUGUGCAUCCUGUUAAUACACAAAUGGUUAUAACUACUAUAAUAUUGGAUAGUAAAGUAAUGUUUAGCUGAAUUAAAAUGAAUACUAAGCAUUAAAAAUUUUCAAGCAAUGUUUGAGUUGUAUAAACCCAUAACUAACUAUUUAAACAAAUGGAAGUGAUUGUGGUUAAUCAAUAUUAAAUUGCCAAUUACAUACUUUAAUUAAUAAAUAGACAAGCUAGUUUGACUUAAUUUACAAUUUUGCUUAUUACUAAAAUGGUUCAACUAGUAAUUCUGCUCUUAUUUGUGCCUACUGCCAAGAUAAUUAUAUUUUAUCACCGAAUUAGUAAAUUUGCUCUAAAAAUGGAAAUAUUCUAGAUAACAGAUGUUUGAAAUUUUUACCUGAUAACAAAUCUUGCUAACUUUGCUAAAUUUUUGCUCUUGAUUAAAAAAAUAAAGUGUGUGAUUCAAAUAUCAAGUGUAUUUAAGCUGUUUCUGGAUGUAAUAAAUGCUAUUACUAAAAUUUAUAGAAUAACAGCAACGUAAUUUAACUAUUUACUUGUGUAGAAUGUUAAUAAGCUAAUUAUAUGACAACUCUUCUUGGAUGUGUGAAAUGUUUAGAUGGAUGCGCUUAAUGCUAUGAAAUAGGAUAUGAUGAUUAGCAGAGAAAGUUUAAUAUAACUGCAAAUAUUAUAUUUGGAUCUAUAACAUAUGACGUUAAGGUUCCUGCUAAAUUUGUCCUUAUCUAUGCGAAACAUGUGACUAGUCUAGCAAUAUUUUUGAUAAUACAUAUUCUAUCUACUAAACAAAAUGCUAUUCAUGCAAAACUAUUACAUAGCUAAGCACAGCCAGUUAAAGCAUUUUAACAAAUUUUUAAGACUAUGAAAUAAGGUAUGAUAAAGAAAGAUUUAGGUGCACUUUAUGCAAAAUAGGAGAUUAAUCUUGCUAUUUUAAGAAGAUUACAACUAUAUAUGCGGUAUGCUAAGAUAUUAAAAACAAUAUUGGAAGAGGAACUUAUGAUGAUCCAUUGA